AUGGACGUGGGCGGAGGAUCAAUUAGAGCCGCCAUAUCGCGGUGGGAGUUGGCGGUGUGGCGGCAGUACCAGCAUGUGCUGGACAAGUGGACGCCGCACGUGGGACGGCGGUGGGUGGGGUUAUUGGUGGUGGCCCUGGUGUACGCGCUGCGUGUGUACUUCGUGGAAGGGUUCUACUUAGUGUCGUACGGCUUGGGAAUAUACAUCCUCAACCUUCUGAUCGGGUUCCUCUCCCCUCAGGUGGAUCCCGAGAUUCUAGACGCUGAGGGCCCCAGCCUCCCCACCUCCGCUAACGACGAGUUUCGUCCCUUCGUUCGCCGCCUCCCCGAGUUCAAGUUCUGGUACUCAAUCACAAAGGCGUUUUGCGUUGCAUUUGUGAUGACUUUCUUUAGUGCGUUUGAUGUUCCAGUGUUCUGGCCAAUACUCCUCUUCUACUGGGUGGUCCUAUUCACACUUACAAUGAGGAGACAGAUAUCUCACAUGAUUAAAUACAAAUAUUUACCCUUCUCAUCUGGAAAACAGCGCUAUGAUGGAAAGAGAGCAUCACCUGAAAGCACAAGCCUUUCAGAGGACUGA